UUACAGUAAGCUCUCUAAAGCUUCAACCAAAUUGCCGGCAACUGUUGGAAUUUUCUCCGGGAAGCAAAAAAGUGUGCCACAGAGAAAUGAGAGGAGGGUUGAUAUGGGCUACAGCAGAGGACUUGGCAAAGAAUAGAGGAAGAGUUCUGUCUUUGUAUAGGCAAAUCUUGAGGAGCCUUAAUUCACCUGCUUUGCCAUUUAGCUUAGCAGUUAGACUUCAAAAGAAAGCUGAGGUCCGUGCCAUGUUCAUGUUGGGUUCUGAGGAGCAAUCUCUUCAUAACAUUCAAGAUCUUAUUGAUGCUGCUGAAUACUCUCUUUCCAUUUUAAGAAAAGGCGAAAUUCCAUAGCACUUUCAAGUUUAUCAAUAAGCCCGGACAAUUUUCUUGUGAGUGCAAAUGUUGUUGAAGGAUCUUUUGCAUGUUCUUACAUUUCUUUAUGCAUAUAUAAAGCAUACUGU